CAAAGCUCUUCAGUGACUUUGCAGAGGCCAACAAGGAGAACAAGAACAUAAAGUUCCUGACAGUGGGAUUAACAAAUGAGACACAGAAAGGUUCAAGCAUCUACCUUUAUGAAGGCGCCUUUUCUGUCAAUAAGAACUUUGAGCCGCCUUCAAAGCCUGAAACAGUAACAGCAAGUGACAUAAAGCACAACAGUGUGACACUGAAGACUUCUGCGCCCAGAUUUGGAGCAGAGAACAUCACCUCCUACUCUGUAGAGUACUGUGUCAGAGGAGAGGAUGGAUGGCAACAAGAGACAGCAUCAAAAGCUGGAGAAGUCACAGUGAGCCAUCUGAGUCCUAACACAGAGUAUAUGUUCAGAUGCAGAGCAGUGACCUCAGCAGGUGUUGGGCCGGCCAAUGAAGUCAGUGGUUCCAUUAAAACCUUACCUUGCAGCCCUCCUGGAGAACUUCAGGUUGAACCAAACUCAAGUGAGAUCUCAGUCAGCUGGGAGAAACCUGCUGAGCUUGGACAAGAUGUCCAGAUUUUGAGCUACAUCGUGGAGUACGCCAAAACAGACAACGGGGUGAAAGAGGAAGAUCUCCAAUGGAAGCAAAUGAUGUCGAGAGCUGAAAAGGCGAUCAUUUCAGGGCUUCAGCCAGAGACAGAAUAUGUUGUCAGGGUCAGAUGUGACUGUGGUGAAGCUGGAAGAAGCAAGGAGAGCAUCUCUGUUAAUGUCUGCACAAUGAAAUUUAAACGUCUCACAGAACUCCUCAAAAGUAGAAGUGAAAGGAUAAAUUCUGAAUCACCUUCAGUUUACAAACUGCCUCUGAAAGAAGAAGAUACGGACAUUGAUGGAUGUAGAAGAUACAGUUUUGGCAAAGAAAGCACAAGGAAAAAUCGCACAAUAAUGUUUUUUGGAGCGACCGGAUCUGGAAAGGCGACUCUCAUUAAUGGGAUGAUCAACUACAUUCUAGGUGUCGAAUGGGAGGAUUCAUAUCGGUUUAAGUUAAUUGACGAGGGUCAGUCGACGUCACAGGCUGAAAGCCAGACCUCUGAAGUCACUGUGUACAAAAUCAACCACCAGGAGGGUUUUAAAACAGAAUACUCUCUGACCAUUGUUGACACUCCAGAGUUUGGAGAUACAAGAGGCUUAAUAAGAGAUGAGAGCAUCACAGAACAGCUGUGUAAUCUCUUCUCUGCUGAGCUUGGUGUCAGUGAAAUUGACGCUGUGUGUUUUGUAGCUCAGGCUUCUUUAGCUCGACUCACACCAACACAGAAAUAUGUGUUUGACUCCAUACUCUCAAUCUUUGGCAAAGAUGUGGCAGAAAACAUCAGGGUUCUGGUGACAUUUGCAGACGGCCAGCGUCCACCAGUUCUAGAGGCAAUCAAUGCUUCAGGUGUCCCAUGUCCUAAAACAAGAGACGGGCUGCCAGUUCACUUCAAAUUCAAUAACUCAGCUUUGUUUGCAGACAACAAAUCAUCUGCAGCAGGCAGCAUGAGUGGGGAUGAUGAGGAUGAAGAUGGAGGCUUUGAUCAGAUGUUUUGGAACAUGGGGACAAAAAGCAUGAAGAGGUUCUUUGCUGCUUUGAAUCAAAUAGAAACCAAAAGCUUGACGAUGACGAAGCAGGUCCUCAGAGAAAGACAGCAGCUCAAAAAUUUAGUUGAAAACUUGCAGAAGCAGGUUAAAGUUCAGUUAGCCAAGCUUCAGGAGAUAAGAGACAAGUGAAAUACUAAAAG